AUGGCCGCCGGGAGCGCGCGCUAUGUGCGCUACAUUUUAGUGGCCUUUUUCAUCCUAGCAGUGUUUUACUUCGUGUCAAACUCGACGGAUGUCACCACACCUCUCAGGACCCAUCUUCCGGGGGUAAACAAACCAGCCGAUGGCGGCGGCAACAACGGCGGCGGCAGCAGCGAGGCGAGCGAGCCGAAACCGCCAGCAUCGAACGACGUCAAAGCCAAGAUUAACUACGACCCUGCCCAGUUUCCUAUGGCAAUGACGCCUAAUGACCCGGGCUGGAAUGACCUUGCGGGCAUCAGGGACGGUCCGCGAAUGAAUGCUACGUUUGUUACCUUGGCUCGGAAUUCAGACGUAUGGGAAAUUGCGAAAUCCAUUCGACAAGUCGAAGAUCGCUUCAACCGCCGGUACAACUACGAUUGGGUCUUCCUGAACGACAAGCCGUUCGACGACAACUUCAAGAGGGUUACCACCUCUCUCGUUUCCGGCAAGACGCACUAUGGCCUGAUUCCCGAAGAGCACUGGUCCUUCCCGGAAUGGAUUGACCAGGACAAGGCAGCGAAGGUCCGGCAGGACAUGAAGGAGGCCAAAAUUAUUUACGGCGACAGCAUUAGCUACCGUCACAUGUGCCGCUUUGAAUCCGGGUUCUUCUUCCGUCAGGAGCUCAUGCUGAACUACGAGUACUACUGGCGCGUUGAACCGAGUGUUGAGCUCUAUUGCGACGUCCAUUACGACCCCUUCCGCGUCAUGGCUGAGAACAACAAGAAAUACAGCUUCACCAUCAGUUUGUACGAGUAUUACGAAACCAUUCCAACGCUGUGGGACAGCGUCAAGAAGUUUAUGAAGAAUCACCCAGAGCACAUCGCUGCGGACAACUCGAUGGGGUUCCUCAGUGAUGAUGGUGGCGAGACCUACAACAAAUGCCAUUUUUGGUCCAACUUUGAGAUUGGCAAUCUCAACUGGCUCCGAUCCAAAGCCUACACGGAUUUCUUUAACAGCUUGGACCGUGAUGGGGGUUUCUUUUACGAGCGUUGGGGCGAUGCUCCCGUCCACUCCAUUGCGGCCGGGCUGAUGCUGCCGAAGGACGAAAUCCACUUCUUCAACGACAUUGCGUAUUACCAUGUACCGUUUACGCACUGUCCGACGGGCGAGAAGCUGCGCACCGAGCUCAAGUGCCAUUGUGACCCUGGUGAGAACUUCGACUGGGCUGGAUAUUCUUGCACCUCCAAAUAUUUCGAAAUCAACAAUCUUGAGAAGCCCGAGGGAUGGGAUACGGAGGGCAAAGACUGA